GUCUGAGAGGCCUGUGGAGGUGGAGACAAGCUCCGGCGAGCGCCGGUGCUUCCGCGAGGCUUGGGGGCGAGAGAGGCCGGGAGGGGAGGCGCGCGCUCCCACCCGCGGGGGUUUGGGGCCUCCGGCGCAGGCUGACAGGUACCGGCGCCUACUCUGGACUCUACACUUGGCGGUGUUGGUAACUGGGCAGACCCGAGUCCCGGGGAGCACCUGCUGGGUCAGCGCUGCCCCUCCCCUGAGAACCUGAUUCCCUGCUGCUGAGAAAGGCAGCAGCCAGGCUCAGACAGCCCAGGAAUGCACCAUGCCCAUAGUCGAUAAGCUGAAGGAGGCCCUCAAGCCUGGCCGCAAGGACUCGGCAGAGGAUGGGGACCUGGGCAAGCUGCUGGCUGCCUCUGCCAAGAAGGUCCUGCUGCAGAGGAUUGAGUUUGAACCCGCCAGCAAGAGCUUCUCCUUCCAGCUGGAGUCCUUGAAGAGCAAAUAUGUGCUGUUGAACUCCAGGGCCGAGGGAACUGGUCACCACAAGGGCAGAGAUGAGCUGCAGGCCAGAAAAGCAGGCACCGAGCGUGUGUCUGGAAGUGGAGGUGAUGGAGUCCCUGCCCCACAGAAAGUGCUCUUCCCUGUGGAGAGACUGUCGCUAAGGUGGGAGCGCGUUUUCCGUGUCGGCGCAGGGCUACACAACCUGGGUAACACGUGCUUCCUGAACUCCACCAUCCAGUGCUUGACCUACACGCCGCCUCUGGCCAACUACCUGCUCUCCAAGGAGCACGCUCGGAGCUGUCACCAAGGAAGCUUCUGCAUGCUGUGUGUCAUGCAGAACCACAUGGUCCAGGCCUUUGCCAACAGUGGCAAUGCCAUCAAGCCUGUUUCCUUCAUCAGAGACCUGAAAAAGAUUGCCCGGCACUUCCGUUUCGGGAACCAAGAGGAUGCGCACGAAUUCCUGCGUUAUACCAUCGAUGCCAUGCAGAAGGCCUGCUUGAACGGCUAUGCUAAGUUGGAUCGGCAGACACAGGCCACUACCCUGGUGCAUCAGAUCUUUGGAGGCUAUCUCAGGUCCCGAGUGAAGUGCUCUGUGUGCAAGAGCGUCUCAGACACAUACGAUCCCUACUUGGACAUAGCCCUGGAGAUUCGGCAAGCUGCAAAUAUCGUGCGUGCGCUGGAACUUUUUGUGAAACCAGAUGUCCUGAGUGGAGAGAACGCCUAUAUGUGUGCUAAGUGUAAGAAGAAGGUUCCAGCCAGCAAGCGCUUCACCAUCCAUAGAACAUCCAAUGUCCUAACUCUGUCACUCAAGCGCUUUGCCAACUUCAGCGGGGGCAAGAUCACCAAGGAUGUUGGCUAUCCUGAGUUCCUGAACAUACGCCCAUACAUGUCGCAGAGCAGUGGUGACCCCGUCAUGUAUGGGCUCUAUGCUGUCCUGGUACACUCAGGCUACAGCUGCCACGCUGGGCACUACUACUGCUACGUGAAGGCUAGCAACGGACAGUGGUACCAGAUGAAUGACUCCUUGGUCCAUUCCAGCAACGUCAAGGUGGUUCUGAAUCAGCAGGCCUACGUGCUCUUCUACCUGCGAAUCCCAGGCUCUAAGAAAAGUCCUGAGGGCCCGGUCUGCAGGGUGGGUUCCACUCUUCCUAGCCGUCCCAGUGUCAUCCCAGAUCACCCCAAGAAGAGCCCUGGCAAUGGGGUGGUUUCCUCCCCGCUGAUGGCAAAGCGACAAGACUCUGUGAUGAUGAAGAAACUGCAGUCCCCUGAGGAGGUCGGUGUGCCUGUGUCCAGGAAUGGCUCCGUUCCAGGCCUGAAGUUACAGAAUGGUUGUGUUCCUGCAAAGUCACCUGCCGGCUCCCCUUCCCCAAGACUCACCCCAACACCCAUACACAUGCCCACCAUUCUGGAUGAGCCUGGAAAGAAGGUGAAGAAGCCAGCUCCCCCGCAGUCCCUCACUGCGUCCCCCACCACUUCUCAGGGCUCCCCUGGGACCAGCGAAUGCAGAAACCAGCGGCCUGGCUCCUGGGCAAGCAGGGAUACCAUCUUCUCUACCUCACCAAAGCUCCUGGCCAAAGCCUUUGCCAAUGGGCACAGGCUGAAGGGGGAAGGCAAUGGUGUGGACCUGGAGAAGGGGGCUUCGAGCGGCUCGAGCCCUGAGCACUCUGCCAGCAGUGACCCUGCCAAGGUGCCGCACAGCCCGGAGGGCAAAGCUGCACAUCUGUGUGAUUCUCAGGGAACAGACUGUCCCACCGCCGGCCAUUCCAAAGCGCUGCUGAAUGGAGUAGAUCCCAAGACAGCGAAGCUGAAGUCCCCUGCCCUGAGCAGCACCACCACCGAGCCCACAAGCCUCAUGUCUCCCCCACCAGCCAAAAAACUGGCCCUGUCGGCCAAGAAGGCCAGCACCCUACGGAGGGCGACCGGCAAUGACACCCGUUCACCUCCCCCCUCAGCACUCUCCGACCUCACCUACCCCAUGAAAGCCACCCACCCCGUCGUUGCCUCCACUGGGCCUGUCGGUCAAACCAGGGCUGUUACACCCGCUCCCCGACCAUCCACCCUCCUGAAGCAUUCCAUCCACCCCCACUCUGCAUCACUGUCCAGUAGUAGCGCCAAGCCCUUAGGGACAUCAGAGCCACAGAGCUGCCGCUCCUCUGCCUGGAUGCCCCUGCCUCAGGUCAAUGGGCACGUCGUGUCCCACUUACACCAGCUGCCAGAGGCCGCCGAGGCCCCGCACAGCCCCUCCAGGAAGAGGAAGAAGACCCCCAGCGGAGAUCCCCAGAGACUGGGCAUGGAUACACCCCUCCCACAGUGCCUCGGGGGAGCACCUGCAGCAGCAGCAGCAGCACGCAGGAAGAGGAGGAGGAGGAGGAGGAAGGAGUGUCUGGAGGAUGUGGCUUCCACGGCUCCCCAGCAGGAAGGCCCGUCUCAGGACCAGCCUUGGAGUCCCAGGGGCCAGAAGGAAGAGGGCGCACAUCCCCAGGUAAAUGGCCAUCAAGUGAGUCACGUCCUGGACAGUCAUCAUGUGAGCAUCAGGAAGAAGAGGAAGAGGAAGAGAUCAGAAGGACUUAGCCAGGAAGUCACCCUGUCCCAGAACCUUCUACAGCAUAGCUGCUCCCCUGCAGACCACUGUGAGCCUGAGGUCAGAACAGACUUGGAGAGGAAGAAGAAGAGGAGGAGGAGAAUGCACGAGCCGCAGCAGGAGGAAGGAGAGAACAAGCACCCAGAAGGCCAGGGGAGCCCGAGGCCCGGUGUCACCGCAGCCCCCGAGCUGAGAGUGAACGGCCAUCUUCCUAGUGACCGCCUGGGCCUGGGACAAGCGCCUCUUGUUGCCUGGAACAGAGAUCAAGAACCUGAUGUGGUCCAGGAGCUGCUCCGGGACUCGUCUGACAAGGCUUAUGGGAAAAAAGUUUUGACCUGGGACGGUGAGCCUUCCGCGGUCAGUCAGGAUGCCAUCAAAGACAGCCGUUCGGCCCGGACCCAGACUGUGCUUGAUGACUGGGAUGAAGAGUUCGAUCGAGGGAAGGAAAAGAAAAUUAAAAAGUUCAAGAAAGAAAAGAAGAGAAACUUCAAUGCCUUCCAGAAGCUCCAGAGUAGACGGAACUUCUGGUCUGUGACUCAUCCUGCUAAGGUCGCCAGCCUCAGCUAUCGCCGCUGAACUUGCCACGCUUGUCAGAGGAAGACCAGUGUGCCUGUGCGUCUGUGCCCCAGAGCUGUCCUCUCGGAUCUGAGGAGCGACCGUGUGCAGCCCCCAUGCACUGUGAACCUGCCAUGGCGAAGGCUCCUGGUGCCGCUUCACAGACGAUCCAGUGUAGACGCCCUGGGGCCUCAGCUCAGGGCCUCUGGUGGCAUUCAUAAUGAACCUCACAAGAGAAAGCCUGGCCUGUGGUGUCAUGCUGACAGUAACCUAGGCGACAUCCUCAUAGACCCUGGGGUCUAGUAGGAAAACCCCUCUGUUCCUGGUCGCGGUCUGUCGAGACAAGGGACUGGGACCAGCAUCUCCCAGCAUGCCCUUCACUCAGGAUGGCGGCAUGUUAGUGCCUCUUCUGGUGAGCCCUCCUCUGCUCUCCUGCUGGAGCUGUCUUGUGACCCUCUCCUCAGAGGCCUCUGUAUGACUGACUGUCAGCUGCAGUGAGGAGGACCCCCGGUGACUGCGUGGCCCCCCACCACCAAGUGCAUCUCCUCGAAAGGACUCCACACCCACCUUCUAGAAACCAGCAGCUGCAGACACAGGAGAGCCUUGAACUCCGUGCCUCUGCUUCUAAGGCUGUUGCCCCUGCCCAGGUGACUUUGACGAGCUUCUACUGCGUCUGCACUAACCUGCUGGUCUCUGUCAAGGUGGUGGUCUUUGGGGAUGAAUUCUCCGUUAUUUUACUACUUACGAUAAAACAUUUAUUUUUGACCAGGCCUGUGGCUUCCAGUAGCAAUAUGUUCCCCUGAUAUGCAAAUACUGGCUUCAUUUGCUCAAUUUUGUGAGUGCUUUGAAACUGAUAUGAUUGUACGACUCGCAGAGUCCUUUCCUGUCUUGCUCAAGAAGCCCCUUCGGACUUAGGAUUUAACAAACAAGACUCCUUAGUGAGGGUGGUAUUUCCAAGGGAAGACAGCACCCAGAAAUGGAAGGUACCAGAAGGUUCUUCCUCAUGAGGCGCGUCUCUUCUUUCCCAGAGUCCUAGGCUGCUCUGGGCUGGCCUCCUCAGUCUGGGCUUCUUGGAAGGGGAGGGGCUGCCUUGUUAAUUCCACGUGUGGCAUUUUACCCAGCUGCCCCACCAGGGCCUCAUUUGCUGCAGAUGUGGAAAAGAGUUUUGUUCUCCGUGUGGGGAGGUAAGGUCUUGUUUCCACGUGGGUGUUUGUGUCCCUCCCUUCGUUUCUAAAGGGAGGGAGCAGCAGCAGCUCCAUGGUGGGUCUGCUGACUGAGUCUUCCAGACGAAUGUGAUCAGUUGUGUGGGGGCCGGGCUCUGGAUGUCGUGUCCAGGAGUGGUGUGGGCUCCAUGUCUCGGAGGGAGGCAGGCACCUUCAAGGGCAGGGAUUGGUCUCACUGGAGGUCUUGUCAUUUGCUCCUGUAUCAGUUGCUUCCUGGCCGCAUUUGUCAUUUUCUAUGACGUUCUCUAGUUGUGUAGAAGCUGCCAGCACAGAAUUGACCUGUCCCCCGUGUCUCCUCUGCAUUGGUUCCUUCCUUUGUCUUCUAGAGUAUCCACUGCAGAAUCUCUUCCGCUGCCUCUUGGGUAGUCACGGUCCCCCCAGCCCCACCCCCACCCCCAACUGACAUACUGACUUCUGGCAGCGUGUCUUGCUGCCAGUGAAGGCAAGUCCUUUCCUUCCUUAGAAGUCAUUAGAAACGGGCUAGGGAUAGACUGGGGCCCGGAAAACCAUCAAAGGUCUAGGUGACAUGUACUGACAUGAAUAACUGAAACCUUUCUAAAAGUGGCCAUUUGGUUGGCCGAAUCACAUCAGUUUGAACUUUGUGCUUGGCAGUAGAUGUACAGAGGGCCACCUCCCUGGUGUUUCUGUUCUUGCUCACCUGCCUGCCGCUAGGGGGCUGUUCGCAUCCUACACCCUCGUGUGGCUGCAUCUGUGUGUACAGGGGUCCCCACACUCUCCAUUUCCUCUUCAGGAGCCCCCAGAUAUUGCCAAGAUCUUGGUGCAAUAAAGUAAUGCAGUUUUUGUGA